UUCAGUGAUUGCUUGCUGCAUUGAGCAAGUCUGCGGUCCGUGAGAUAUUUACUAGUAGAAGCAGUAAGUUCGUUAUUCAGCAUGCUUUCGUCGUUCCCUCUCGUGACUCUGUCCACUCAGCCGGAUUCGUUCGAUACCAUUUCCCCGACACCGAGCAUGCAUUUCCCCUGCUGCUGCGGCCCUCUAGGAGCGCAGCUCGAAUUUUGCGAAUUCAAGUACUCCGUAUUGCUGGCGAUUAGUGGUUGCUGGACCUCUUGGGAUUGUCCCUCGUGCUGGUGUGCAGCUGACCGAUUUGAGCAAUCAAGCGACGGCUAUGCAAGGCUGUCCGAGUGGGCUAUUCAACAGUAUUCAACAAUAGCUCGACUUUCACUUACCGUAUGCUACGGCGGAGAGGAGAUGACUCGUUUCUCCAUUCCGUUCCAUUUUCUCUCUUUCAGAUCUGCGUCAUCCUGGUGUCCGUUUGGGGUAGGAAAAAGUAUCCCGCAUGGAUCCAGUGGGCUAGACUCCAAGGUACGUAACUUAAUCAUGGAUAGAUUAGUAUAUUACUACUUGAGUUUCAUGGAUCUUUCCCAGCCAUUCUUCCCCCUCCUCAGCCGGUCCGGGGUUCUCCCCAUUUAGGGCAAGGUUGUUUGCAGGACGGAAGGCCGACGAUCACCCUACUAGCAAAAACUCAGAAGGGGAGUCAGUCCCGCGGAGAGAGAGAGGGGCGAAAAAAGAGAGAGACUGGGAGG